AAUCAACCACUCAUUUUAAUUGUCAUUGUGGUUAAUUACCAUGUUUUCUUACACAUGCAGUUUCUCUGAGAGCUUUGUGAUUGUUUCCAUGCUUUGGUUAUUUUUUCCCAAUACUAUUAUAACAGAAGCUGCCCCAUCCUACCGCGCCCAUAUAUGUACUAAUGAAACAGCAUACACUUCCAAUACCACUUUUCAAUCUAAUCUCAAUCUCGUCCUCUCUUCUCUUUCUCCCAAUGAUACCACCAUCAACGGAUUUUAUAAAGCAACAGCUGGUCUUGAUGUUCCUGACGUGGCUUAUGGCCUCUUUCUCUGUCGUGGCGACAUUGCAGGUACUAAUGUUUGUCAAGAUUGUGUGGCUCAUGCGGUGAAAGAAAUAGUCCAUCAAUAUUGCCCCAACCAGAAUAAGGCAAUUAUUUGGUACGAUAAGUGCAUGUUACGUUAUGCCAACCAGUCUUUUUUCUCCACCAUGGAGGAAUCACCGAAUGUGAAUGUGUGGAAUCCAUAUAAUGUCACAGAACAAGAUCGCUUUGAGCAAUUGCUGGGAGAAACCGUAGAUGAUUUAGCGACUCUGGCUUCAAAUGAUGAGUCUGGAAAUGUUACGAGGUUUGCAACUCAAGAAGCUGACUUCACAGCUUUUCAGAAGCUACAUAGCCUAGCGCAGUGCACACCAGAUCUAUCCGGGAGUGAUUGUAAUAGAUGCCUUAGAGUGGCCAUAUCUUUUCUACCAACUUGCUAUGUUGGGAGGCAAGGGGGGAGGGUUUUACUUCCCAGUUGUAAUAUUAGGUUUGAGAUUAGCCCAUUUUACACUUCCGUAGCCACCGCACCACCGCCUACACCAAUACUACUUUCUCCUCCUCCACCUGCUCCAACCCCUUUAGCAAGUCCUCAAGGGAAAGGGACAAUUUCAUCGCAAACAAUUAUUGUCAUUGUUGUUUCAGUGGUUGGGAGUGAUAUUACUACGGGUACUCUUCCCAAUGGACAAGAAAUAGCUGUGAAGAGGCUAUCAAAGAGAGAGAGUUCUGGACAAGGCACAACAGAAUUUAGGAAUGAGGUGGUCGUUGUAGCCAAGCUUCAACAUAGAAAUCUUGUGAAACUAACGGGAUUUUGCCUUGCUGGAGAGGAAAAGAUACUCGUAUAUGAAUAUGUUCGCAACAAAAGCCUAGAACUCUUUUUGUUCGGUUAG